CCCUCGUCCCCCGCACAGCAUCUCAUGAUUCGACGGCUGCAGCUCGCCUUGCUAUGUCUCUGCCUGUUCGUGCUUGUGGCCGCGCAAGGCGACACGGACCACACGACGUUUAUCGACGGGACAGCCAUCAAUGUCACAGAUGACGGAUUCCCCUACGACCCCAUCCUACAAUUACGGCCCCCGUUUGCUCGCUCGCUACCCGUCCAGGUGCUCUUGAACGGGAUCGUCCUCUCGCUUUCAUCCGUGCUCUUGAUACAGUUGCUCUUCACUGCACAAUAUCACUGGCCCCUCGCGCCACUCAACUUCACGCUCCAGGUCGCGGCUGUCAUCCUGCUGGUUGUCACGUCGGUCGUGACGAUCUUCAUCGUGCUUUCAACCGUCACCGCUGAAAGUCGAACAUGGCCGUACAUGUUGAACUACUUGGCCGUUGAUAUUCCGCCCAGCAUGAAUACUAAUUGGCCGAUGCCUGACCUUGUGGCGUGGCUACUCAUGACUGCCACUACGGCCGGACUUAUACAGAUUACGCAUAUACAGUUCUUGACGUUGCUAUUCCCGUCAAAGCUGGAGCGAAGACUCAUAUAUGCGCUUCUUGGCCCACUUGCAAUAACAUCGGCAAUCAUGCAAUUACUCCGCGUGCAGCACAACCACCACAAACUGAUGAAUUUCGUCAGUGCUGUGCAAAAUAUCUGCAACGCUGCACUCUCUCUCUUAUUUACGGUAUCGCUGUUUUUGUGGGGCCUGCUCGUCAACCGGAAGAAUGCCUGGCGAAUGGACGGAGGUACGGCGGCUUUUGGAGUAGGCGCGCUUACACUGGCACCGAUGUCAUCUGCCAUCGCUCUGAUCUACGUCCCAACCCGGGACCAAUAUACGUGGAUGCCGCAGCUGAUGUGGGCAAUCAUCCUGUGGCAAAGCUUCCUUGGCUGGUGGUGGUGGGUUGGCGCGGGCAUGGGCGUCGGCGAACUGGAUGAGCUCCUCAGUCGCGAGGAGAAGAGGCAUCUUAAACGUCAGCGAAGGCUGGCGAAGCGCAAGGAGCAGCGCGAGCGUGCAGAAACGCUGUGGAGGGGUGUUACAGGCGCGAUCGGUCUAGGGCGACAGCAAACUUCCUCCACUCCCGAUCGGCCGCGUCGCAAACCGAGUCUGUCCAGCUUCUCGACAGGCGGCACGAUGGUUAGGCGGAUCUUCAACACCCAACCGGGCCGGCAAGUGUAUGGCUGGUUCUUGCAUUGGCGGCACGCGCACCUGGCGGCGGCACGCCAGCAAGCGGUCCAGCGCCGCGAACGCAUGGACGCUGUGUACGGCCACGAAGGCGCAAGUACGCCGCGGACGCGCAGCGUCGCCUUGGGCUGGGGCGUGAGUGCCGGACCGAGGCGCGAUGCGGAGGCGCAGGACGACGAGACGAUCGUUGCGUCGGAGUCCGAUGCCAGCGUUGAUCUGGAGAAGGCGCCUCAGUCUGGGGAGACGAGUACGGAGGGAGAUGCGUCCGUUCGGAAGAGAGGAGUCAAGAAGGAGGGGAAAAGUUCUCUGAACGAGCAGCCGGCGAGCCUGACUUCCGCUGCGACGCCCGAGAGUGCGCGUUCGUCGAUGUGGUGGUGGGAACCGUUACGCCGUUGGCGUCUGCAGGACACGACAGAAUACUGA